AUGCUCCCCCGCCGUGUACCCCUACAAUGGCUUGGUGGGUAUUUUGUCGCGCUCAACACCGAAGGCUUCGAUCUGGAUGGUGUGGCCAACGCGGACACUGACCUUCUGGCUUAUGCGGGCUACGGCUUCCAUUCAGUCCCAAGUGGCCGCCGCGGUCAAUUCGCUCUCGCUCGGUUCUUAGGAUCGUGUUGCUGGACGCACUGGACCAAAUCUUCGGGUUUCAAACCGGCCAAAUACACGGUCCGUUGCGUGCGACGUAACCAUGGAUUGGCCUCGCCCCUUUCGCCCGCCUGGAUCUGCGUGGGCCGAUUGGUCUACUGA